AUGACUGUUAGCCGAGCCAAUGCUCUCGACUUUAAUAUGAGCGAAUUAGUAGCUGUUACACCUAGUGGUGGAUCGACAAGCCAGGAAAGCGUGGUACACAUUAAACGACAUAAAUUAGCCAACUGUAAUGUUCCUCUCGUGCACGGACGAACGAAUUCGCCGAUCAACAACCGUAACAGGCUGACCACCCAUCAACGAAAUCAUAGUUUGGAUUUUAGGUCAAUGGGUAUUCUAUUGCCGCCGGUUCCGCAGGCGGGCGCGACGACGCUGACGCACCACCACAGAAAUCGAAGUCUCGAUUCCGCGCUACAACGAAUCCCGGAGGUGGACGUGACGCCGAGCCCGGAAUGCGAGACGACACCAGCCCCGGUGGCUAAGGCCGUGUUACCGGCGUGCAAAGUGCGCAGCCGGGAACGCGAGGAUCUCGCCAGUCUGGGAUCCGAUGACUCGGGUAUACUUUGCGGUUCCGAUAGCGGUUCCAGCGACGCUACGAACGCAGCGACCAGAGAGUCGAGCGUGGACCACCUCCACAGCCGCGAGAGCCUCGACUCGUCGUUGUCGCAGCCGGGUGAUAUGGAUGGCGUGGACGCGGUGGACGGCGAGGAAAACAGUGCACGCGUCUCGGUAUCGGUGCCAGUGUCGCCCGUGGAACUGGUGCAUUUAAGUGAACCUCCGUCGAGUAAGGGUGAGAAUGGUGAUUGCAACGAGCCGGGUAAACGCGAGUACGCGAUCAGUGAUUCGAGUGAACAGCAUGAACUGCGGUCCGGCAGCGCGAUCAAAGAGCUCGAGGCGCAGCACGAGUACACGCGCGGUGGUGAACUGCGCACCGAUAUGGGCGUAACGGUCGACGACGCGCGAGAUUUUCAAAAUUCGAUGGCGGUCCUGCCGGCGAACGAUAAACAGAGCGAGUUGGCGGGCGCGGCUAUGACUUUGUGUUGCGGGACCGCCGUGCAAUCCGAAGCCAGCGAGACGGCUGUAAAAAAACAGACUGGUAUCGUUUGUCGGAGGCAAGAAACGGUUCAACCGAAACCGUCCGAGGGAUGUUUGCUCAGAUUAUUCGAGAGCCAGAUCUUCGAUAUGUCGAUGGCGAUCUCUUAUCUGUUCAAUUCUAAGGAGCCUGGCGUCCAGAGUUACCUUGGGAACAAGAUGUUUAGUUUCCCAGAUAACGAGGUAGACUUCUAUUUACCACAACUGGUUGUAAUGUACAUACAACUUCACGAUGUUACAGAAGUCCUUUAUCCAUAUCUUGUCCAUAGGUGUAGACAGUCAGCAGAUUUCUCUUUAAAAUGUGCCUGGCUAUUAGAUGCAUAUAGUUCUGAUGCUCAUUUGCCAUCCAAAAAGAAGUCUCAUGGGACCAAACUAAAAAAUCUUAUUCUCUCGGAUGAACUUAGGCCAAAGGGAAAUGAGACUAAGAAGCAACGUGUAGCUGGAUUUCAAACUCCCGCACCAAUAUCGUUAACGGCGGUGCAAAGUGUUACAUCUCCUAAUAAAAAGACACACCAAAGAUCUCAGUCCGACGCCACUGGAUUAUUUCAAACAUUACGUCGUAGCCAUUCCGGUACAAUAAAUAAAGUAAGUCUUGGGGACCUGCGCUCUGGUCGAGCAUUUGACAAUGGUUGUACCUGUUUUUAUUCCUGCCAAGGUGUGGUAAAUGAUUUACGAGGACAAAAAACCGACUGCUUUUGUAAUGCACCACGUCUUGCUCCAGAACUCGAAUUUAUACAAGCAUUAAUAUCAAUUGGUAAAUUGCUUGGAACUAUUCCAACAAAGGAAAGUAAAACUGUUCAAUUAAUAGCAGAGCUUAAUACUCUCAAUUUGAAUCUCCCUGCAAGGGUAUGGCUUCCUUUGCACAGUUCAGUACCACAUCAUAUCGUACGAGUGCCACCGCAAUAUGCUGCUGUCCUUAAUAGUAAAGAUAAGGCACCAUACAUAAUUUACGUUGAAGUGUUAGAAGUAGAAGAUAUUUAUACAUCGCCCGUACCGACAAAAAUAGUGGGGUGUUCAUUAAGGCACACUAAAUCCGAAGAAAAUUUAACUGGAGGCGAACAAUCUACUGUGAUUGAUUCAUCAAACAUAUCCGCUUCAGAAACACAACAGGCUAUGCCACCAAUUAGGCAAACUCCGGUUAAAAAUAUUUCUCCAUAUUCUGUGAGAAGUACAGAUGUCGCAUUUAACUUUCCUGAUGAUGAUCCUAACGACUGUUGGAGUCAAGAAGAUGAUGAAAUCACGCAACAGUAUUUACAACUUCGUAAGCCAAAAGAUAGGGAUACAAUAUCUCAGUUAAGUCAAGAAUCAUCAGAUAGUAAAGAACCAACAUUUGUACCUGGUGAUAUCAAGCGUCGAUUAAGUGAGAUGGCUGCUACACCUAGUGCAACGUUUAAUCAUGAUCCGGAAGAUCCGUCGGCCGCAGUCUUGAAAGAACCAUGGGAAUUAAAACAGCAUCGUAUAAGGGCUUCCAGCCCGUAUGGCCAUUUAGCGUCUUGGAAACUACUUGCUGUUAUCGUGAAAUGUGGCGAUGACCUUCGACAGGAGCUACUUGCCUCACAAUUACUUUCAAUGCUGCAAAAGAUCUGGCAAGAUGAACAAGUACCUCUUUGGGUGCGGCCAUACAAAAUUUUAUGCUUAUCUAAUGAUAGUGGUUUGAUCGAACCAAUUUUAAAUACCGUAUCACUACAUCAAGUAAAGAAACAGUGUCAAUUGACGCUUGUUCAAUACUUCGAAAGAGAAUUCGGACCAUCUACAUCGGAAACAUUUAGUAUUGCGCAGAAGAAUUUUAUUCAAAGUUGUGCGGCAUAUUGCCUUGUUUGUUAUCUCAUUCAAGUUAAAGAUCGUCACAAUGGAAAUAUUUUGCUUCAUAGCGAUGGUCAUUUGAUACAUAUAGAUUUUGGAUUUAUUCUGUCAACUUCACCGAGGAACCUAGGCUUUGAGACUAGCCCGUUUAAAUUAACACCAGAAUUUGUAGAGGUUAUGGGAGGAAGUCAAUCUAAACAAUUCCAAGAAUUCAAAACCUUGAUUCUCCAAGGAUUAAUUGCAGCGCGGAAGCACAUGGAAAAAAUACUUAAUCUCGUAGAGAUCAUGCUAUCAGGAUCGCAACUUCCGUGUUUCCGUAGUGGCGGGGCAGCGACUGUACAAGGAUUAAAAAAUAGAUUCCAUCUUACACUGACAGAGGAUCAACUACGCCGGCACGUGGAGGACUUAGUUGAAGCCAGUAUUCAUUCGUGGUCUACUAAAUUAUACGAUCGGUAUCAAUAUUUCGCAAAUGGCACCCUUUAAUAAUAACAAUAAUUUUUGUCUGUGUGGCAAAGAUAAUGAUUUUUAUCAGAAAGUGAAAAACUUGCGUUUGAUAAUAUGGUACUUCUUCCAGAAACUUUUACACUUUAUAGCAUUCCGUAAGCACAAAUUACCUUUGAACUUAAUUAUUUGAUCGCGCGUUGAUAAUGCUAUUA